AUGGCGGCUGGCCCCAGGGCCGCCGACCUGGAGAACCUGGCUGGUGGCGAGGGGAGCAGGCCUCGUGCCCCCCGGGACGAGAGGGGGGCCGUGACGCCUUCCUCCCCGACCUUAGACCUGAGCCAGAGAGGGCUGCACCACUUGAAAAACAUCUUCCAAGGCUUCAACCUCAAACAGCUGCAUCUUCAGAGGAACGUCCUGUGCGCCCUCCCUAAGGACUUCUUCCAGCUGCUGCCCGUGCUGGUCUGGCUGGACCUGCGCUUCAACCGGAUCCGGGCACUGCCCCCUGGCAUCGGCGCUCACAGGCACCUGAGGACCCUGCUCCUGGAGAACAACCCCAUCAGGGCCCUGCCGCUGGAGCUGGGGAACGUGAGGACCCUGAAGUCCCUGAACCUGAGGCUCUGCCCCCUGGAGUUCCCGCCCGAGCUCGUCCUGCAGAGGGGCCCGGCCGCCGUCCUGCACUUCCUGCGCUCCUGCGCCCAGGGCGGUCCCCGCCGCCCCCUGCGGCCCCCACCAGCGAAUCAAAGCACCCGGCUCUGGGCGAUGGCGGAUCCCCUGCUGAGCCGGAACCGCUCUGGGGAGCGUGAGCGGAGUCGGGGGGACAAGGGGCUGCAGCCCCCCGCGCCCAGAGAGAAGGGCGACCCCCUCCCGCCUGUGGACGGGCAGGGCCCGCGCGGGCUCCGGGCCUCCGCCAGCCGCCCGGGCCCGUGGCCGAUCACGGCGGAGAUCAGGCGCUUCUGGAAGGUGAGGCAGGAGAUCGUGCAGAACCAGCAGGCGGGGGCACCGCGCGGGCGGCUCCUGGCCACGGAGCUGCCGCCCCGCCUCCAGGCAGCCCUGCGCUCCAGGGAGCCGAGCCCGGACCCCGCGCCCCUCCUCGGGGAGAAGCAGGCGCCGCAGAGGAAGGCGGAGUCCCGGGCCCUCCCGCCCCAGCACCGCAGCCCGGUGCCAACCAAGGUCCCCCCUGCCAGGGGUCUUCCGGGCCCCGAGAGCAUCGUGAGCUGCGGUCCCUGGAGGGCCAGCACACGCCAGGCGCUGCGCACAUGCGUGGGAAUCAGCUCGCCCCAGGAGGUGCCCGGUGGGGAGAGGCUGCAGCAGCGCUGGCCGUGGAUGCAGGAGAGGAGAAAGUGCUUCCGGGACCCUGAGACGCUGGAGCAAGUGCCCCAGGCAGCCCAGGACUGGGAGAUCGGUGGGGUGCUCCACGAGGAGGACGCCAUGAAGCUCAAGGUGGGGGCGCCCGUGCAGAAGAGCCGGCCCUUCCCGACACUCACCGCCAGCUUCUCGCGGCACCCACAGAAUAUAUUUUUUAGCACAAAGUAG